GGAGGGCUGGCAGGCGUUUCCUGCAGGCAUCGAGAACAUGUAUGUGAUUAAAGGCAUGGAAUCUCCCCCCCAACCCAUUGUAUGGACAUGCGUCAUUCUGCUGGCAUUGCCGCUGCUCCUGGAUGCACAGGGCUCCUGUUCGCAUGGUGCCUGUUACCCACCAGCGGGAGACCUGCUGAUAGGAAGAAUCCAUCACUUAAAAGCCUCGUCGACAUGUGGCCUUGUGAAGCCCGAGACCUACUGCACAUCGUAUGAGGAAUGGAGGAUGAAAUGCUGCCGAUGCGACUCCCGAGUGCCUCAUACUCACAACAGUCACCGAGUGGAGAAUGUACUUUCCUCCAAAGGACAUAUGCGCUGGUGGCAGUCCCAGAAUGAUGUGAACCAGGUCUCCUUGCAGCUGGAUCUCGACAAAAAGUUCCAGCUCAGCAGCAUCAUGCUGGACUUCAGGGCACCUCUGCCUGCAGGGAUGCUGAUUGAGCGCUCCAUCGACUUUGGCGAGACCUGGACCAUCUAUCAGUACCUGGCCUCUGACUGCGCCGCCGUGUUUCCAUGGAUCCCCGUAGGCUCCCCCCAGAGCUGGCAGGACGUGCGCUGUCAGGAACUGCGGACCCACCAGGGGCACCCUCUGAACGGGGGGAAGGUCAAAUUCAACUCCCUUGACCUGGCAUCUGACAUCACCACAUCUCGCAGCCAAAGCAUCAGUAACCUGGGAGAAUUCACCAACCUGAGAGUUAACUUCACCCAGCUACCUCGCCUCCCGCAGCAGGGCUACCGCUCACCCAGCGCCUUCUAUGCUGUGACUGAAAUGCAAGUGGAGGGAAGCUGCUUCUGCCAUGGACACGCAGACCGCUGUACACCCUCCAGGGCCCCAUCCAGAGACCCCAAUGCCAUGAUGCAGGUUCACGGACACUGUAUGUGUCAGCACAACACCGCCGGCCCACACUGCGAUCGCUGUGCAGCUUUCUACAAUGACCAGCCUUGGAGACCCGCAGAGGACCGCAACCCCAAUGAAUGCCAGAGGUGCAAUUGCAACGGUCACUCGGAGACAUGCCAUUUUGACCCAGCUGCGUACCAAGCCAGCGGUGGGGUGAGUGGAGGUGUAUGCGAUGACUGUCAGCACAACACAGCGGGGAGGAACUGUGAACACUGCAAGGCCUACUUUUUCCGCAACCAGCGACAAGAUGUCACCCAUCCGGAAGCCUGUCUGCCUUGCGAGUGUGACCCGGAUGGCACAGUGCCUGGGUCCAGCUGUGACCCUCUGAACGGACGCUGCGUUUGCAAGGAGAACGUGCAAGGGGACCGCUGCCAUCUCUGCAAGCCUGGAUUCACCCAGCUCACCAAUGCCAACCCCCUGGGAUGCCACAAAUGUGCCUGCAACAUCCUGGGGACACGCCAGGACGCACCCUGUGAUGAUGAAACAGGGAGGUGCUUCUGCUUGCCCAACGUGGUGGGACCCAAUUGUGAUCAGUGCGCUGCCAAUCACUGGAAGAUCGCCAGCGGUCAAGGCUGUCAGCCGUGCGACUGCGACCCUCGCAACGCCUUCAGCCCCCAGUGUAACCAGUUCACAGGGCAGUGUCAGUGCCGGGAAGGCUUCGUAGGGCGUACCUGCUCUGCUGCCCAGCUGCGGGUUUGUCCAGAUGGGUCCCAUGGUGACGUCAGGACAGGAUGCAGAGAGUGCGACUGCAGUUUCCAGGGCACGGAGGGGAUGGUGUGUGACAAGACUACAGGCAGCUGUCUCUGCCGCCCUGGCUUUACCGGGCCUCGCUGCGACCAGUGCCAGCGGGGUUACUGUAGCAACUACCCCCACUGCGAGACGUGCCACUCCUGCUUCCAGGCCUACGACAGCGACAUUCACCAGUUCGGCCUGCGCCAAGCCAGCCUGAGAAACUCCACCUCACGACUGCAGUGGGGAACGGGGGGUGCUGGCUUCAGCACCCGCAUCUUGGAAGCGGAAGGCAAUGUUCAGCAGAUCCAGGGGAUCCUCGGCAACCCCCUAGCGACAGAGCAGGGCCUGGGUCAGGUGUCCAGCAUGCUCACUGCAAUCAGACAGCAGGUCCAGGACAUAAAUCCCAACCUACCCUUUGUGAAUGACACCUUGUCUCUAGCCAAUGAUCUUGAAGCCCUGGACAAAAGCCUGCUUUUCAUUAAUGGGCAGUACCAGAUUAAGAAGACCCAGUUUGAAGCCAGCCGCCGCACAGACCUUUCAGGAGCCUUCAAGACUGUCAGCUCUGCCUACCAGAGCUCCACCAAUGCCAGCUACCGCAUAACGGGCACUUCCAGCCUGCUGACUCGAUCCAGGGAGAACCGGAGAACGACCGAGGGGCUGGAAAGCAGCUUUACAGACCACACCUCCAGGCUGGAGGCCCUCCAAGGCAAAAUGGCCUCCUCCCCCAACUUGACACCAACUAUAAAUAAGAUUUGCAGUGGUGUCAGAUCCAAGCCCUGUACCCCUGGGCACUGUGACGGGGAGCUGUGUCCGCAGGACAGCACAGUGGAGUGCGGAACAGGCCUCAGCUGCAGAGGGAUCAUUCCGCUGUCACGGGGCGUAAUCAGAACUGCUGAGAAGACCACCAGAGAGCUCCAGGGCUUAAACACUCAGCUCCAGCAGACCAUGCAGAUGAUCAGGGCAGCAGAAACAGCUGCAAACCAAAUCCAAAGCAAUGCACGACGUCUCGGGGACCAAGUAAGUGUAACCAGGACCCAGAUAGAAGGAGACGUCCGACGCAUCCAGCAAUUCAUCCAGCAAGUCCGCAACUUCCUGUCAGACCCAGCCACUGACCCUGCUACCAUCCAGGAGGUCAGCGACUAUGUGCUCUCACUCCGCCUCCCAACUGACACUGCUGCGGUCCUGAGGAAAAUGACUGAGAUCCGAAACCUGGCUGCUAAGCUGCAGUGCCCUGAGAGCAUCCUCACCCAAACAGCUGGUGAUAUUGCUAAGGCCAAGAGGCUUCAGCAAGAGGCUGAACAGGCAAGGAACCGAGCAAACGCAGUAGAGGGCAACGUGGAAGAAGUGGUGGAGAAUUUGAGACAAGCGCAAACAGUGCUCCAGGAAGCCCAGGAUGCUAUCAGUGGCUCCAGCUAUUCCCUUCAGCUCAUCCAGCUCCGCAUUGAUGAGAUCCAGGCUGUCCUUGGUCCAAUGGAGAAGAGUAUGAGAGACAUUACUGAUCAGCUGGAUAAUUUCACAGAGAGAAUCCGUCAAUUGCGGCACAAGGCGGAGCAGAAUCGGUUGCAGGCCACAGAUGCUCAGCAGAGAGCAAAAGAAGCCAGUGAACAAGCAAGGAGCACUCAGCAGGGAUUUGAACACGUGAAACAAAAAUAUGCUGAGCUGAAGAGGCGGAUGGGACAGAAUUUGACGCUGGGAGCGCAGGGCAGCAGGAUCCAAAGUAUCGACAUGGAGGCAAAAGCGCUCUUUGAAGAAACCUGGGCUAUGAUGCUCAGGAUGGAAACUAUAGAAACGGAAAUUCAGAAAAGCAACAACGCAUUAAUCGUCAAGUCAGCCAGCCUCGCAGGCCUGGAGGAGCAGGUGGAAAAGAUCAGCAAUCAUAUCCAUGAACGAAUUGCGUACUACACCAGUUGCUAAUCAAUGAGCUGCUGGGGCUCCAUCUCGCCAUAUAAUUGCAUUGUCUGCCUUCUGUUCAAACACUGACUGGGGGACUUAGUCCCAUCUCCUCGCUUGUAGAAGUUUCUUGUUCUCAAGACCUUUGUCUUUGCUAAUAGAACUACUGUACCUUUAGAAUAUAGCUAGCAUGGAGCCAAAAAGAACAAGCUCCCCUAGUAGGGUGACCAGACAGCAAAUGUGAAAAAUUUGGAUGGGGGGGGGGAAGGAGAGAGGGGUAUAGGAGCCUAUAUAAGAAAAAGGCCUCAAAAUUGGGACUGUCCCUAUAAAAAAAGGACAUCUGCUCACCCUAGCCCGUAGAAAGAAUGAAUGUUAUGUGGCCUUGCUAAAGCUACACUGAGUGGCUCGAGGAAAGUGGGAAGGUGGAUCUAAUGUCAAUAACUAAUAAAGCCUUUUGGAAGGAGUUAUUUCUGCAUGAGGUUAGCCAACUAGACAGGGGAUGUUUAUUUAUUUUAGCACGUGGAUUUCACCUUUUGAAACUCUGACUUUUUUUAAAAAGAAAA